UUUUACUGUUACCACACACAACCAGAACACAUCCUUAAAUAAGUUUUUUUCUUUGUAAUUUGUUUGAUCGUUAUUUAAUUUUGUUAUUACGACAAAAAAACAAACAAACAACAACCUGGAAAAAACUCAACUUUUUUAAAAUUUCAAUUUCUAUUGUUUUAUGCUAAGACCCCAUUGAACGCCCAACGUUUGUUGGUAGGUAAUUUAUUAAGUAUCCACUGGUAAAAUCAUUUAAAAUUAUAAAAUAUAAAGCUACACGAGAUUACACCACCAAGGCAGUAGAUGGCGACAAAGAUCAACUAUACUUUGCCGCGUUUUUGAGGCAUUUUUAUUGCGAGCAAAUCACAUUAAAACGAUUUCUAUUUUGAAUGCUACGUAUAUUUAGAAUAAAACGUCAAUAUUGAAAAAGAAAGCAGUAUAAACAACAACAAAAACAAUUAAAAACGCUACCGUACUUGACGUUGUAAUUUUCUAUUUUAUUUUUUUCCAUUAUUUAUAUAGUGUUAAUAUUACCCUGUUGUUAAACGUUUGGCUUUUUUUAAACUAUUUCUUAGUGCAAGAUUACUUCAUUACCAGGAAGUAAGGCCUCCUACAAAGUCCAUGUCGGGUUUGAAAGAGCAACGAUAAAGUUUUGUGAGUGACUCACGGGAUUUGUCAGCCCAGUCAGGAUGUGACUGUAGCAGAGAGAGGGGAAGAGAGAGUGAGAGAGAGACACAGAGAGUCUGGGAGAAAGUUGCUGAGUUUACUGUAGACUAGCAGCACACAAUCACAGUUCGUCCAACAGAGCAACAUGAUAUGCACUGGAUAUUAUACAGGGAUUAUCCUCCUUUUAAUGGGUAUGGUCAAUGUACUGACUCUACCAACUCUACCUCAUGUUAUAAAGUACCAAACAGUGCUACCUCGCAGGCUGAAUGGGUCGUCUUUCAUCAGUGAUUCUGCCACUACUCACCAGAAAUACCCCGAUGUUCUCCAGUACUCUGUGAGUAUUGAGGGAGAAAACUACACUCUCCAUCUGGAGAGGAAUAUUGACCUGAUUGGUGAAAACUUUUCUGUGACACAUUAUUCUGAUCAGGGUGCCCAAAUCACAACUCCUCUAGAUCUCAGCGUACGUGUGGAUCAUUGUUACUACCAUGGGCACGUUGUGGAGGUCGACGACUCAUCGGUCAGUGUGUCACUGUGCUCUGAAGUGAAGGGAUUUGUGCGUCUCUUGGACCAAAUGUACCUUAUCGAACCUUUGCCCGAUCCUGAGACUGGACAACAGUCGGAUAGUCAGAGCUCCAGUAACAAGAGAGAACAGACUCUUCAUGCUUUUUACAACUACAGACACCUGAGGAUGAAGAGGAGCACGUGUUCACAGGGAAACACUACUGAAAUGUUCUAUGAUUUUGGAGCUCUACCGUCUGGACUUCACAAACUCACCAAUCUGGAAGCCAGAACUCAAACUUCAAACAAACCUAUGGUAGUAGAGCUGGUCCUGGUGGCUGACUUCAGAGAGUACACCAUUUUUGGAAGUGUGAGGAGAGUUCAGCGCAGACUGAUGGAAGUAGCGAACCAUGUAGAUAAGUUGUAUCGCCCGUUGGGUAUCCGUGUGAUGCUGGUGGGUGUAGAAAUUUGGUCAAUCAGAGAUCAGAUCACAGUCAGUCCAGAUGCUGAGAGCACCCUGCACCGCUUCCUGGAGUGGCGUCAGAGAAGUCUUUUGCCCCGGAUCAAGCACGACAACAUCCAGCUGGUCACAGGUGUGAAAUUCAAUGGUCCAGUUGUUGGCUUGGCAAACACUAAGUCAAUGUGUACCUAUUAUUCUGGAGGGGUCAACUAUGACAGCAGUGUUAAUCCCAUUGCAGUGGCCUCUACUGUUGCCCAUGAGAUGGGUCACAAUCUGGGGAUGGAACACGAUACCAUGAGCUGUGUCUGUGGCUCCUCGGUGUCAGACACGGACUGCGUCAUGGCACGUAGUAUUGGAUCGGUGUACCCUCAUCUGUUCAGCAGCUGCAGUCGGGAGCAGCUCACCAGGUUCCUGGCGACCAUUAACGUUCACUGCCUGCGGAACACACCCUCCACCAAUCGCAUCUUUGGUGGCCCAGUGUGUGGAAACAACUUCCUGGAGAUCGGAGAGGACUGUGACUGUGGUACUGAAUGGGAAUGCCAGGACCCCUGCUGCGACACGUCCACCUGCAAACUGAAAGCUGGUGCGGAGUGUGCGGAGGGAGAGUGCUGCCACAGGUGUCAGCUAAAAUCAGCCGGCACGCUCUGCCGACAAAAGACAGGAGACUGUGACCUGGCGGAACAUUGCACUGGUUUGUCUGGCUUCUGUCCAGCUGAUGACUACGCCCAGAAUGGGCUCCCCUGUAACGGUGGGAGGGGAUACUGCCACAACGGACGAUGCCCUUCACUUGGGGAACAAUGCAAACGGCUCUGGGGACCAGACGCUGAAGUAGCAGCAGGUGUUUGUUUCUCUUUUCUCUGUGGGCAGAGUUGUCACCUCAGGGAUGUUCUCUGUGGUAAACUCUACUGCUCUGGAGGUUGGGACAGCAACACUGCAAUACUCCGAAAAGUCACCUACAGGAUAGGAAGAAAAGAAUGUCACGAAGCACGUUUAAAUCCUGAUGAUAACUACCCAGAGGACAUGAUCUGGGCUCCUACAGGCACCAAAUGUGGCAACAGCAUGGUUUGUUACAACAGACGAUGUCAAGACCUCAGAAAUCUGGUGUGGUACGGAACCACAAACUGCUCCAACAAAUGCAACAAUCAUGGGGUGUGUAACCACAGGAAUGAGUGUCACUGUGACCCCGGCUGGGCCCCACCCUACUGUGAUACGCAGUACUCAAACUUGCCUAAAGACAGCACAGUGGCUAUCAUAGUUUUCGCAGUGAUCGGCUCCAUUUUGGUGUUGGUUCUGAUUGGUCUGAGUAUGAUGCAGUGCAAGGGAACAAGGACACCUGGAAAAAGAUGGUUCGAGGUUAACUCUGGUCAGUCAGAUCCAAGAUUCCGCCCAAGCAGCAGACGAGGAAGAUUUGGGAACAAAACCAUCAGCCUUCCUACAUUUGUAACAUCGUCAAGCACUCAGGCCUGUAACCCUUUGUCUAGAGCUACAGCUGGACCACACACUGGUGCACUGAGGCCUAACAGAGCCCCUCCACUGCCACCUCAGGCAGUUCCACCUGUAAGUCAGCCAUCAGAAAUCCAACAGGCUAAACCUCCACCUCCAUCCAGACCUCUGCCUCUGCUUCAAACAAAACCGAUGAAGCCAAAGCCUCCAGUGCUUCCAGUGAAACCGAAGCCGUCUGUGAUCCACUCUCCACUCGCAAACUCUGAGCUGCUGACAAAGAGAGCUGCACUGAUGUCCAUCAACAGGCCCAGAUGAUAAGUGUUCAGAAGGUGCUUUGUAGUACCAACACCUGCCUGCAGUGUCUUCAGCCUCUAGUGUGUUGAGGAAAAACUGAAGCCUCAAACAAGGUGUACGACAAAUGGCACCCGUGCCAUGAUUUUUAAACAUGUUUUUGUUUGACUUUUUUUAAGGCAAGCCAAAAACUUUUCUGUGCUUUAAAAGGAGAUUUAUUUUGACAGAAAUUGGAUCUCAACAGCAAACUGUGUGUUAUGAUUCAAAAUCAUGUAGGUUUUUAUGGCCUUAAGAACGGUCUGAUAACUUCUGAAAUGAAAGGACUGUUGAACUUUAGAAGCAAGAGCUUCACCAACAGUAGAAACAGAAAAGUGAUUUGAUGGAGUGUUUACUGUUAUGGUAGGUGAAGGUCACUGUAGUUCUCUUGUGCAUCGCAUCACAUCUGUCACACUUUGCCUUUAACAUAACAACCUUAUAACCAUUGUUCAUGAAAUUGAAUUGAAUCUAAGGAUCUAGUCCCUUACAGAGUUCUGGUACUAAACAGUCUGAUAAGGAAUGUCACAUGGCAGAAAGAUGAGCACUUUACAUUUUAUUUUAUUUUGUAAUCUUAAAUGAAUCUUAAUUUUGAACUAAUCACUAUAAGUCUGGUUUUGUUUUGUACUAAAUUAUUGAACACAUCUGUUUUGUUUCAUGUGUCUUGACUGGAUACAUCUUGGUUUUAUGUUUAUCGAGGACUUUGAUACGACAUUCUCUCUGCAGCAGCAGAGUUUGCACGUGAUGUCAAUGACUGAUCAUUUGAGUCAUCUUAUUUAUUUAGAUCUUUGAAUGUCUCUAAAGGUGAUUUGAUAAUAAAGCAAAGAAUGUACUUGUAAAUCCAACAAUAAAGAGUUUGGUUUUGGUGA